GGGGAACGCUCAUGAAUGACGCACUCGAAACGACAACCUCAGCGUCGUGUUAAUAGCGGAAUUUGCAUAAUUUCGUUCUCGUGAAUAUAUCGCCGCAAUGUCCUUGCCAGAUGAGAAAAGCAUUGAAUUAGAAUCGGGGCUAGGCGGGGAGGUGAAUCAGCAUCUAUCGCCCCAGCAGCAUAGAGAUGGUGGAAAUCGAAAGCCUCUAUCAAAUGUUCCCAAGCGCAAGCCUCUUCCUGCUGCUAUACCUGGAGCAGCAGCAGCAUCAGUGGCAAUUCGAGAGGGACAGACAGAUCCCAAUGCAUCUAACCCCGCGCCCCCCGUUCGCAAUUGGCAUCAACAACAGCACAGCAAUAACUCGCCCAUUGCCUUCGCAGGUAACAUUAAACAAAAGUGGCUGGAGUGGUGGGAUCUCUUGACACCAAACCGAAGACGACUCUUUGCCAUUAUUGCGAUUGGUAUUGCUGUUGUGAUCUUAGCAUUGAUCAUCGGUCUCUCAGUUGGAUUGACUGCUGGGGACAGACACAAAAACCUCGCCCUCCCUACUUCCCACGGCGGUCCCUACACAGGCGACUUAACCUACUACGAUCCCGGCCUGGGGUCAUGCGGAAUAACCAGCUCGGGCUCCGAUAUGAUUUGUGCUGUGUCGCAUGUUCUCUUCGACGCUGCGUCGAGAGGGUCGAAUCCGAACGCGAACCCGUUGUGUGGGUUGAAGAUCCGGAUACGGAGGGACGGGGAGAGUGUGGAUGUCAAGGUGGUUGAUCGAUGUCCUGGUUGCAAGGAGACCGAUCUGGAUGUCUCGCGAGCGGUUUUUAAGGAUCUUGCUGAUCUGGAUCUGGGUAGGGUUACGGUUGAGUGGGCGUGGCUUGAGGAUGCGCCUGUUUCUAUUAAUUGA